AUGACGCAGCAGCAGCAGAACUUGAAGAAGCAGCGGAAGACAGCCUUGCUGCAGUCCACGGUCCAGCAGCGAGAAGAAGCUGUCGAAAAACAGUAUGUAUCUGCGAUAGAAAAACAAGCACAUAAGUGUGAAGAGCUCCUUAAUGCUCAGCAUCAAAGGCUGCUUGAUAUUCUGAACAAGGAGCGUGAAGCAUUAAAGGAAAAAAUAGAAGAAUCCUUGAUGCAGCAGUCGCAGGAAUAUAAGGAAAUUCUGGAAAAGUGUAUGGCAGAUGAAAGGCAAAGAAAUGGGGAAGCUUUGGGCGCAGCUGCAAAGAUUGAAAAAGAAAACGUGCAGGCUGCCAUUCUGAUAGCAGUGAAAGAAGAAAGGGAAAAUAUGGAAAAGCUUCACGCAGAAGAAAAGGAACACUGGCAAAAGGAGCGAAGCAAAGAUCGUGAAAAGAUCGCUCAAGCAGUUGAGGAUGCAAUGCAAGAGCACAAACAAAGUAGUCAGGAGACUAUAAAGGCAGCAAUCAUAGAGGAGCAAAAGAAAAGUGAAGAAGCUGUAGAAGAAGCUGUGAGGCAAGCAAGGGAAGAGCUGAUGGACUAUAUCAAGGAGCAGAAAAGGCUUGAUCAAGUUAUCCGUCAACGUAGCCUGUCCAGUUUGGAACUGUUCCUUUCGUGCGCACAGAAGCAACUGAAUACUUUAUUACAGGAAGAACCUCCAGCUGCAGUUGCAGAACAAACUAGCCUUCCACCUUAAACUGACUUUAUGAAGCUACCAGUCCUAAUGCUGCAGAUGAUGUCUCUAAGCCCUUGGGGAUUUGAUUAUUGAUUCAGGAUCAAUCAGGUGGCCUAAUUAGCUGUUGUAUGUUUUCAUGAUCAACCUGUUGUCAGCUGUGAUGCUAGUGGCCAUGAAAUCUAACAAUACAGUCAGAGAUUAUAAGGGUUACAAUGAUAACCUGGCUUUGUACAUUUUCAGAAUGGCCCAGGAAUGUUCCAUUUUUCCCCUCAUUUCAUAUUUUUAUUAAAAUGAAUGCAAAAAAUAA